AUGGUUUUGUGCGAGGAUACGGAGUGUAGCGUUUGCCUUUUGCCGUUCUCGCGUCUGGAGCGGAUCCCUCGCCUGCUCCACUGCCGCCACACCUUCUGCCAGACCUGCCUGGAGACCCUCUCUCAGUCUCGAGGAGGACUUCUCACCAUCUGCUGCCCCCUGUGCCGCCGGGUCACCUGCAUCGGCAGAGGUCUGGGCCUUCACGGGGCUCUGUGGGUGGACAGCGGGGUGUGGGACCAGAUCGUGGAGGAAGACGAGGAGGAAGACGAGGAGGAGAACCGGGCAAGGAACAGGUUGAGCUCGGUGGGAUCUGCGCAGGCCAAGCAGGAGUCAUCGUGCCUGUCGGGCAGAUCCUCCAGGACUAAGCUGAAGUUUCCCGCCUUUUUGAAACGCUUCAGUUUGACGAGACAACAUCAGGAGCAGAUCGUUCCCGGCAGUAAUGUGGAGAUGAAAUCCUGGAGGAGGCUUUCAACAGAAGACACGCUUUGA